AUGAGAGAGCUUCCCCCUCUGCAACUUGACGGCAUCGAGUCCGAGCGAGAGGAGGAGAUGGAGAUUCAGGCCGAGAACGACGCUGAGAAGUCGGCCGCCAAGGAAGAAGAGGAUAAGGGAGCUUUCGACACGCUCACGGGCUUCUUCCAGCCUCAGACUAACGCUCCGCCCAAGAAGCCUAAGCAUCGCCGCAUCAGGUACCGCUUUCUCACUCCAUCAGAGUGGGCCAUCUUCGCUCAUGGCAUCGGUGGCGUCAAAGACACUGAAGGCCACGUCGCCCUCCAUCCCACCUGCUGGUACUACCCGCCCAAGGGCAUUCCCAGCGGUCUGUACCGAGACGUUAUCUGGCACCGUACCAAGUACUUCUACUUCUAUCACGGCAUGAGCACCAUCCGCUGGUUCGGAUACAUCUUGCAAAUCAUCUUGGGCGCUGUCCUCACCGCCAUCGGCUCCAUGUCCUUCAAAAAUGGUACACCGAUCACCAUCAUUGCCGCGAGCAACACUAUCAAUGCUGGCAUUCUCGCCCUUCUGCACAACAGUGGCCUGCCCGACCGCUACCGCUCCGACCAGGCGGAGUUUAGCGAAGUUGAGGACCACAUCAAGAAGGUUCUCGACACUGGUGUUGUCCCCGAAGACAUGACAGUUGAUCAGGCCCUCGUCCAGUGUUUCGAUCUCUACUGGGAGGCCAAACAAACAAUUCAAGCCAAUAUUCCAGCGGUGUAUACCCCGAGCUCAGUUCUUCAAAGCGGUCAACGGGCUCCUGAGAAGGGCCAGAAAGAGGGUCAGCCUGGCACACCGGGACAGGCACCAGGCAAUACCGGCCGCGGCUCAGUGAUUGCCUCCAGGGUUUCUGCAUCAGCCUCGGCAGCCAAUGCUGGAGCCGGAGACAAGGUUAAGGAGAAGUAG